GGGCCGGGGCCCGGGAUGGAGCCGGGGCUGGAGCGCUGGGCGUACGGCGCACUGUGGGCGGCGCUGGCCGGCAGCCUGGCGCUGCGGGCGGCGCGGCGGGCGCUGGGGCCGGGCCGGGGGCUGCUGCUGCCGCUGGCGCUGCUGGCCGCGCUGCAGAGCCUGUGCCGCGCCUGCCUGCCGCUGCCCCUGGGGCUUGCCCUGGCCGCCGCCGCCGCAGGGCUGCUGCUGUGGCGGGCAGCGCCCCGCAGGCUGCUGCCGGCCGCGGGCAGAGCCGUCCUGGUCACAGGCUGUGACUCGGGCUUUGGGCAGGCGACGGCACGGCACUUGGAUGCCAUGGGCUUCCAGGUGUUUGCCAGUGUGCUGGACCCGCAGGGCCCAGGGGCCCAGGAGCUGCGCAGGAGCUGCUCCUCAAGGCUGACACUGCUGCAGAUGGACCUGACCAAGCCGGAGGACAUCCAGCGCGUCCUGCAGCACAUCCAGACACACACCAACAGCACAGGACUCUGGGGCCUGGUAAACAACGCUGGCUUCAACGACACCAUCGCCGAUGCCGAGCUCUCACCGCUGGGCAAGUUUCGCACCUGCAUGGAGGUGAACUUCUUCGGCUCGCUGGAGCUCACCAAGGGGCUCCUGCCCCUGCUGCGCUCUGCUGGCGGCCGCAUCGUCACCGUCAGCAGCCCUGCAGGUGACAUGCCCUUCCCCUGCCUGGCAGCCUAUGGGGCCUCGAAGGCAGCACUCAGCCUGCUCAUGGACACCUUCCGCAGCGAGCUCCAGCCCUGGGGCAUCAAAGUCAGCCUCGUCCUACCAGGCUACUACAAGACAGGGACAACAUGCGACCCUGCCUUCUGGAACCUGCAGAAGAAGCAGUUAGUAGCCAGCCUACCCCAGGAGCUGCUGCAGGCCUAUGGCGAGGACUACGUGGAAGAGAUCAACCGCCAGUUCAUCCAGUUCAUGAAGGUGGCAGUGGAGGACCUCAGUGCAGUAGUGAACAGCAUCACGGAUGGGCUCCUGGCUGCCAACCCAGCCGUGCGUUAUUACCCAGGGCAGGGCCUUGGGCUCAUGUAUUUCAUACACCGCUACCUGCCCUAUUUUGUGCGAGACUUGUUCCUGAAGGGGUUUUUCAUCAACCCCAAGCUGCCACGAGCACUGCGGCAGGAGCACCACGAUGCCACCAAGAAGGCCUGACCAUGGCCCGCAUGCGGUCGCGGGGCAGGAGCAAACCUUCUCCCGGGAUUCCCCGGUACCCCGGCCCCCGAGCGUGUGCACAGCCGCCAGCAUCGCCCUCCUGCACUGGGGGGAAAUAGGCAGCACUAGACAGUGAAAACCAAAUUGCUUUACAGAAUCAGGCAGAUCUGUUUUCUAUUGUGCAAAAAUCAAUGUUUUCUAGAGACCAUGGUUUUGUAUUUUUUCUACCCAUGCAUUCUUAAAGGGGAUCAGCCCUGCCUCACUCAGCAGCUCUGCACCACAAGCUUCAAUGGACCGUGGGUGUUUCUCAGCUACCAAACAUCUUUGUCACUGCUGUUGGAGCUACAUUCACCUCCAUCAUCACCUCUUGGCUGGGUCAUGCCCAGAACCCUGUGGUCACUGCCUCCCUGCCCUUACCACACACUCCAUGUGCUCUGAGUGAGUGCAGGGGCCGAGGCCAGGCUGCCAGCACUGCAGAGCUCGAGAUGAGCUACAUGAUUGUCACUUUUUAAAUAAAUUUGUUCUUGAUACACCA